UUUUCAGCGGUCAAUUAAAGCAGAACACUUUGAAGCACUGAAUAGAGUCAGUCUACAACAGUAGAGAAAAACAUCUCGAUUCUUUUGUUCAUCUUUUUUAGUGCUUUGAAUUUCCUAUUCAUAAAGGUUUCUUGUAUUUAUUUUUUUUUCCCAAGAUUCUUUUCUAACGAUGCCGAAUGGUUUAAAGGGCUGGUUGACUUUUCUGGCAAUUAUUAUGCUCUCGGUGGGAACUUGCCAAAGUUCAGUGGCGGAUGAAAUGGAGGAAAAUGGGGUGAAAAAGGCUGUGUAUCUAUCACCUAGAUUUGAGCUGGAACCCGGAUCGGUAUGCAAUAAAUUUUACUAUGAUAUUGGCUUUCCAAAAGGCCACAUAGCUGUCAAGAGUUUCGAUGCUGAAGUAAUCGACGAGGCAGGAAACAGUGUUCCGCUUCACGAAACUUACCUUCAUCACUGGCUUGUUGUGAACUACUAUCAACGCCAAGGCGGCACUGACAAGCCAGAUACUAAAGCCGGCGGGAACGAUGGCUUGUGUUCUAACGCGCUUCCACAGUUUUUCGGGCUAGGAUCCGAGACACGGAAAACAAACACUUAUGUUCCAGAUCCAUAUGGCAUGGAAUUCGGUAAUCCGGCCAAGAUACCUUCUGGCUAUGAGGAGAGAUGGAUUCUCAAUGUGCACGCGAUCGAUACACGAGGCGCGCACGAUGAGUUAGGAUGUACAGAGUGCAGGUGCGAUCUGUACAAUGUUACAAUGGAUGAAACGGGCAGUGUUUUGGACCCAAAUUAUGCUGGGGGCUUGAGAUGCUGUUACGAUAAUACCAGAUGCAGGGUGAAAGAAGGUUUCCAAGGUGCGAAAAGAGGCCUUUUCAUGAAGUACAUUGUGACUUAUGUUGAUUGGCACAGUUCCAUUGUGCCUGUCCGGGUCUAUAUCUUUGAUGUUACGGAUGAAUGGAGAAAAUCUGUUGAUGAUGAUGAUUCAACGGGAAGUAAUUCAUCAAGACAUGACUGCCGGAUCGAGUAUAACGUUGAGUCUUGCGCUCAUGCUGACGAGAACAGCAGUUGCAUUGAUACAAAGAGUGUAAGUAUCAUUUUGCCCACUGGCGGUGUCAUGGUCUAUGGUGUUGCACACCAGCAUACUGGAGGAAUUGGUUCAGCUCUUUAUGGACAGGAUGGAAGAGUUCUGUGUUCAUCAUCUCCAAUUUACGGACAAGGGACAGAACCUGGAAAUGAGGCUGGUUACAUUGUGGGAAUGUCUACCUGUUAUCCUCCACCGGGAUCUGUCAAGAUAUCUGAUCGGGAAACUUUGACUGUGGUAUCGAAUUACAAUAGUGCCCAAGGCCAUACAGGAGUGAUGGGGCUCUUUUAUAUUCUGGUCGCAGACUUCAACUCCUCAUCUACAGUAAAUAUUUCUUCACAGGUUCAACUUGUGCGGUUGCAAGCAAAGAUGUUGACGCCCCCUCGUAUAUCGGGUAUGGCAUUGUUAGUAAUUGCAACAGUCGGUAUCGCUGCUGCUGCUCAUCAGAGAAGGAAGCAGAGAGAGAAUAUAUCUGGUUACGACAACAUAGUUGACUCAUUCAUUGUGGGGAAUUAACUUCUCUCAUUCUUAUUGUCUUCCCUUUAUACAUUCUUGAGUCAUCAAGCAAGUAAACUACCGAUGACCUUCUGCAAUAUUUUGAUG